CAAUUCAUAAACCAAAAUAUUAAAAAUACGAAACAAUCUUAAUAAACCAUCUUUUCAAACAAUUCAAAGUUUAUCCAAGUGAUCCUAGAUCAAACAAGCCUUAAUUUCACUCUACUUUGAAGGAGGCAUCUUGACUUCAUUAUUCCAUACAACAAAGGCUACUAUUCCAAGUCAACAUAUCAAAAAAAUAAAAGGGUAAACAGAUACAUUAUAAAAAGGCACAUGUUUUCCAUCCCUUGAAAAAGAGUUAGUUAACAUAGAAGAAAAGGGCUAGUUUUCGAUGGACAGAAGGCUUUAUCAAGCUGCAUGGGCAGGAGACCUUAUCGCCUUAGUGAGUCUAGCAACUGAAGAUCCUCGAAUCCUUCACUCUUCUCCAUUAGUAUGCGGGGACAACCCAUUGCAUAUUGCUUGUAUGGCAAAUCACCAUAAUUUUGUAAAAGAGUUGAUAAGGCUUAAGAGAGAUCUUGCAGAUGAGCUGAAUGGACACGGUUUGAGCCCACUCCAUAUUGCUGCAGCAAAUGGUGACUUGAAUAUCGUGAAGGAGCUCCUGAAUAUCAACAAAGGGGCACUGUGUAAGAUUGAAGGGAAAGACAGGUGCAUCCCUCUUCAUUGUGCAGUUAUUAAAGGUAGAUUGGAAGUUGUCAAGGAAUUGAUUGUGAUUGAUCCUCAUUCCAUAGAGGAGGUAACAUCUCGAGGCGAGACUGUUCUUCACCUAGCCAUAAAGAACAAUCAAUUUAAGACUUUGCAGAUUCUAGUAGAUUAUCUUGUUGGAAUGGGAAAGCAGAAUUUACUCAGAAACAAAGAUCACCAAGGCAAUACCAUCUUGCAUCUUGCCACUUCCAAGAAACAAUAUGAGGUGAUUCAUUUCUUUCUAUCCAAGCAUGGAGAAUCCGAAGUUAUGGUGGAUGUGAAUGCAAUGAAUGAAAAGGGUCAAACACCACUUGAUGUUUUACUAACCCAUAACAACAAUAAUAAUGAGGUAACUUCAUCUUCAUAUGAUAAAACAAUGGAAGAUAUCCUAAUAAAAGCAGGUGCUCAAAAAGGUUUAAAUGUUAAUGAAUCAAUAGUAACUAUAGAGACUAAUCCUUUAAUUGAACUCUCAAAUGAUGACAUCUUAUGGUACACUUACUUCAAAUACAAAGAAGGAAGGGACUCACCAGGAGAUGUUAGGAAUUGCCUUCUAGUAAUUGUUGCCCUUAUUGCAACAGCUACUUAUCAAGCCAUCUUAAGCCCUCCAGGAGGCGCAUGGCAAGAACAUUCAUCUAAAGAAGGGAAGCAACACAUUGCUGGUAGACCCAUAAUGCAAACCUACAAUCCAAUAUUGUAUGGGUUCUUUCUUUACUUCAAUACACUUGGGUUUUGUACGUCUUUGUACAUGAUAAAGUUGUUGACUUCGGGAUUUCCAUUGUUGUUGGAGUUGUAUACUGCAUUGGGUGCAAUUUUGGUAACUUAUGAAAUCUCGAUUGCAACUUUCACACCCAGAUCAUCACCUGUGCCGACUAUAUUCUUGGUUGUUUCCAUGUUGAUGCCGAUUACGAUUCCUUUUGUGAUUGGGUUUCACAGAAGGGUCUCAAGAGCUUGUGGAUUUAAUAUGGGUGAGCCGAACCCUUAAUCGAUUUCUUAAUCUGAUUCUCAAUUUAGUAGAGUAGU